AACAGCUAUCACGCUUUCGAUAUUACCGGCGCGUGAAUUUAUCAAAAUUCCAAUUCAAGAAAAAUUGAACAUCUCUUUGAAAAUAAGCCACUAAUGUGUUGGUAAACUUUUAAACUGUACUAUUAUCUUCAAAGCGUUUUAUCAUUCUGGUGACGUGUUUACGUACGACUGGCUGGAUUAGAUGUCCUUUGGCGCGCUAAAUAAUWGUCUGAACACCUUUUACAUUUCUUUCGAGGUCAUUGACUUCUUAAUCAGAAAUGAAGUAUGAGGAAUAAUGGUUACUAACGAUGUAUUGUGGUGCUGAAUAAGCUUAAACUACGACUUUUGGUAUAACAUUCUUCACUGGAACUCGCAGAAUUUGUUUGGCAAUUCCUCGCAGAUUUGUCAAUUUUAGGCAAAACAUUUGAACAACAAAAUGCGACUUACUCUGAGAAAAGCGGUUCAGCUUUUAUUCUUCCUGUUUUCUUGCUAUGUACUAUACUUUAUUAUAAAUUUGAGACGUUAUAAUUCUAGCUUAGACUCUGUUAUGGAUACUGAACAGGAGCUUGUUGACAUCCAACAACCUAAGUUACUAAUUGGAAAUUUUUGGACGCCAGAAAACAAGAAAACACAUCGAAGUGGUCCUGGAGAAAAUGGUGAACCAGUUCAAACUAAGYCUGCUGAUGAGUCAAAAAAGCAAGAAUCCUAUUCAGAAUAUGGUUUUAAUCAAUAUGUCAGUGAUAAAAUCUCAUUGGAGAGGUCUAUCAAAGACACAAGAAAUGAACUAUGUAAGUCUCGUAAAUACCUCACAAAGCUACCUAAAGCUAGUAUUGUGAUUGUAUUCCACAAUGAAGGAUGGUCAACUUUGCUACGAACUGUUCAUACAGUGCUUUUAAGAUCGCCACCACAAUAUAUUGAAGAAAUUGUCAUGGUAGAUGACUUUAGUACCAAAGAUCACCUCAAACAGAAACUAAAAGAUUACACAGACAAACUUGGCAAAAUCAAAAUAGUAAGAACAAAAGAGCGUGUUGGCUUGAUUAAAGCAAGAGUUAUAGGAGCAGACAAUGCGGUUGGAGAAGUCGUCAUUUUUUUAGACGCCCACUGUGAAGCAAACAAAGGAUGGCUGCCWCCUUUACUUGAGCGGAUUGCACUUGACUCCAAAACUGCUGUUUGUCCUACAAUUGAUUUUAUUGAUCAUAAUACAUUCCAGUAUAAACCUAUGGAUCCAUUGAUCAGAGGAACUUUUAACUGGAGGUUUGAUUACAAAGAAAGAGCUCUUACUCGUGAAAUGCUGGCAAGGAGAAAAGAUGCAACGGAGCCUGUCAAAUCACCUGUAAUGGCUGGAGGCUUAUUUGGAAUAAAUAGAGAAUACUUCARAACUCUUGGCCAGUAUGAUCCUGGAAUGUUUAUAUGGGGAGGGGAGCAAUAUGAGAUAUCCUUUAAGCUUUGGCAGUGUGGUGGRCAGUUGGAGAAYAUUCCUUGUUCAAGAGUUGGUCAUGUUUACCGUCAUCAUGUUCCAUAUUCCUACCCUAAGCAUGAUGCUACCUUGGUCAACUUCCGUCGUGUUGCUGAAGUUUGGAUGGAUGAAUACAAAGAUUGGUUGUAUGAUAGAAGACCUGACCUCAAGUCUGUUGAUCCUGGGGAUAUAAGUGACAGAAUUGCUCUCAGAAAGAGACUAAAAUGUAAAAGCUUUAAAUGGUAUUUAGAGAAUGUGGCCAAUGACACAGUCAAAACAAAAUAUGAGCCUUUGAGAGCUAAUGGAGAGAUUCGGAAUCCUGCAAGUAAACUGUGUAUUGACAGCAUGGGAAGAAAGAAUGGAAAUGUGGGUAUGACUCAUUGUCAUGGACAGGGAGGUAACCAGGCAUUUCAAUAUACCUAUAUAAAGGAAUUCAAGACAGAUGAGACAUGUUUUGAUGUCCAUGACUAUGUAUCGGGGGCUAAAGUUGAUCUUUUCCCAUGUCAUGAAAUGAAAGGCAAUCAAGAAUUUGAAUAUACCAAGGACAAUGUUUUUCCCAAGGUGUACAAUGACCAUUCUGGUAUUUAA